CGGAAAUCGCAUCGACACCCGAGCGUCAUGGAUUUGAUGGUGCGCUACGUCUCGCCGGUGAACCCGGCCGUGUUUCCACAUUUGGCCAGCGUGUUACUGCUGUUCGGCACAUUCUUCACAGCCUGGUUCUUCGUGUUCGAAGUAUCACGCCCGAAACAACCGUCCAAGGAGAGCGUAAUCUUCAAGGAGCUGGCCAUCAGUUUGUUUGCAUCGCUGUUCCUUGGCUUUGGUGUGCUGUUUCUUCUGCUUUCGGUUGGGAUUUACGUGUAACGGAUGUACCUAGUGUACCGCAGCCCAUUUCCUCGCCUCAACAUUCUAUUCCGAAUCUUACUCUCAAGCAAACCCAACUGCGGUGAAGCAUUGCCACGAAUGAAAUGCACCACAGCAAGGGAUUCAAAUGCCAACAUCAGCGCGAACAAAUGGAUUAAAAUGUGGGUGAAGCAGGGUAACUACUGUUUUAAUUUGUAAGCCAAUCGUCAUAAGAAAUACACGUCAGACCAAACACACAAGCACGAACUCAUGGCAGAGCAUUAGUCCGUUCCGAUUUAAUGUGUUUGCUUUUGGUAAAGAAAUGCGCUAGACAGGAACGUUGGUCCUUAAAACGUUUAUUGACUUUUCGUGUUCCAACUCAACCGUGUAGUUUACCUGCUC